UUGACUACCGUUAAAUUGCGUCUGUCUUUUAAGCCAGGUAAUGACAAUCAACCAGCAAAUCGUAUGCAGUGUUUGAUAAAAAGAUGUAGUUUGGAAUUCUUUUGUAAUCAUAAUUUUGGACAUGGAGGUUGAGGAGGAGACCACUCUGUCCCUGUGGGACUUACUCCCAGAUGAUGUCGUUUUGUAUAUCUUAUCAUUUACGACUCCAUUUUCUGUGGUCAGGAUGUCAGGAACUUGCAGGAGAAUGAAUGAAAUUGCAUUUGAUGAGCAGUUAUGGAAGGAGCUUUUUCACCAGUAUUAUCACAUACCAAAGGACAUUGGGAUUGCUCCUGGUAAAACGUCAUGGUUUCAAGAGUUUAAGAGACUGUACUACCAUACCCCAGAGGUCAAGGGCACAGUCAUCAAACAGCACACUGAUCAAGUGCUUCAUGUCAGCUUCUCUCACAAUGGCAAGAUGUUUGCCACUUGUUCAAAGGAUGGUUUCAUUAAGGUGUGGAAUGCAGCCUAUCCUAUACAGCUGAGAGACAAGUACGACAUGAGAACACUGACAUGGAAGUACACCCAGUUCUCACAGUUCAAUAAAAACGACACCCUCCUCCUGGUCUCAGGGGUCCACUUCGGGAGUCAAAGCACCUCCGGAGAAAUUGCUGUGUUCAAUCUAGAAGGAGAAUUUUUACUGCAAGCCAGAGUUAUAAAUAAGCCUUAUGAUGUGUUUGGGACUUGGUAUAAUUACAAUUAUUUACUCUCUGGAAAUUUGCACAUAACCGGGCAGCUGCAAUCAUGUUCUUCAAUUAUUCUUAAUAAGGGAUUUCAAGACAUUGAAUCAGAGCACGAGUCAGUGGUGAUGGGACUCUAUCGUUUUGAAAAUCAAAAUGCAAGUUCUAUUAGAACACUGCUUGUAGCAGAGUGCUUAACAGACACAGAGAGUGAGAUACAGUGUAACUGUGAUACCAUUAAAUAUUCCACAGACUUUGACUCUUCCUCAGAAAAUCUGCAGAAAGGUAAACCAUCAACUUCAAAGGAUAACCAAACGAAAAAGGUAGUUGAGAAAGUCUGUAAAAAGGUGCAACAGGUGACGGUGUAUGAGGACGGAGCAUUAAGGGAAAAAAUGAUUGAAGUGGACGCGGAGGACAAAAUGGCUCAUGAAAUCAAUAGUACGAUUACAUACAGUCAAUCCUAUCGAGAUGCAGAGGAGGACAUUGCUUCAGCUAAUAAUGAUAUGGAAGCAACUGCUGAUAUUGAAGCUUGUAAUGGUGCUACUGGGACGUCCAAUGAUCUGGAAAUGAGGUCGGUUAAUUCUGACCCUUCUUUGAAAAGUAUGGAGGGUUUGUGUUCCGUGUGUAGGCGUUAUAGCUGCGAGGAUCACUGUUAUAAAGGGAUGUACGCCGGUGGAUCUGUGUAUGGUUACCCUCUUCAAUCUAACAUUCUGUUCAGUCAGGAUCGCUCCCAUGUGAUCGAAGGUCAGGACCCUUUUCCUAAGGAUAAGACAGCUCGAUAUAACGGAAAAAAGAAUAAGUCUUCCUCUAGUAAACAAUCAAUUUCAGAAACUUCUUCUAGUCAGCAAAAGUGUCAAUUUCCUGAUAAAUAUUUAAUUUUCACUCGAGGAUCAGAGACUUUCACUCCACACCAGAUAGGAAUCAAACGAAUGAAGUCAUUAGAGAGAGUCAUAGGCGACCGAGUACAGGUGAUGCCGAACGUGGAGGAGAACCUGCACGGAAUAGAUCGGGAGGGUUACGAUGAUGUAGACCAUGUGAUUGAUCUCCAUGGUCACAUCAUAGGCUUGUGUCUGUCACCUGAUGACAGGUACUUGUAUGUGAACUGCAGACAGUGGCCAAAGAACUACACCAUAGAAAACCCUUUUUACCCCCCUCCUAUAGCUCAGGAGAUUGAUAUUCAUGUCAUCGACCUGCUAAAAAUGAAGAAAGUAGGCAAAAUGUACAGAGCACACAAGGCCUAUACUCCUAAUGAUGAGUGCUUCUUUAUUUUCCUUGAUGUUUCCAAUGAGUAUGUAGCCAGUGGAGCAGAAGACCAGCAUGGCUACGUGUGGGAUCGUCACUAUGGAAUCUGCCUACAUAAGUUCCCCCACACUGAUGUGGUUAAUAGCGUCGCGUUCAACCCUCGUGACCCGGAAAUGCUAGUGACGGUCAGUGAUGACCACUCCAUCAUUGUAUGGCGGUCAAAAAACAGGGACAGACAAAUUAGAAGACAGGAAUUUAAGGGAAUGAGCAGCAUGUGUGCCAACAGCUGACAAUGCAAUCACAAUCAUACUCACAUAUCUAAAGAGUAAUGAAAGGCUUUCAGUUAUAUUAUACAUGACACAAAUUAUUUUUAAUAGUGCUCGGAAUUGUGACUGAAAAAUUGUAUUAUGGUAUAUUGCAUUAUCCAUUUUUUUUAUUAGAAUAUAUCACAAAAUGAUUCAGUUUUAUUUUUUAUUCCCCCCCCCUCCUUAACAUUAAUUAUGAAAAGACAAGCACAGAUAUUUAUUUAUAUACAUAUGGCUAGCUGAGUGUUACUAUUUAAGAGUUUUGUUGCAAUAGUUACAGAGCUUUAACUUGAAAUGGUUUCAUUUAUUUUUAUUUUUUUAUUUUUUGUUUCCAAUCAACUGCAGAAACUCUUUCCUUAACAUUUUACAGAAUAUCAAACCUGAAUCGGUAUUCACAAAAUAUACCAUGUUAGAUAUUUCAAACAACGAAAUCGGGAUUCAACCAUUAACCAAGAAUAUUGUAAAGCACUAAUUUUUUACAGUUUAUUUUUAAUUGUAUUAUGAAUUUAUUUUGUCUUUUAAAACUGAUAUGGUCUUUUAAUUUGAGUGUUUUUGACAUUUGUGAUUUACAGUUUAUAUUACUGUAUGCUUGAAAUGUGAUUCAUGUAUGUUAAAAAAUGACCUUUUACAGAAAAUGUUCUUUAAUUUUGAUAUAAAAAUAGAGAUAUCAGACAUCAUAUAAAUAGUUGGCAAAUAAAUAUAACAUCAGUAUUUAUUUUGAAAAAUCCUAGAGUUGAAACCUGUAUUAUCUUGGUACUGUUUUAACUUGGAACAUGUUUAAAAUCCCAUUGAUACUAGUAAUCUCUAAAAGGUAAACUGCCCUUCUCUUUGUUCUUAUGUAUAGCAUGAACUAUCAUCAUUGCCAAACUACAUUUUAAUCGACUUAAAAGAGUUUUUUUUUGAGGGGGGGGAUAAUCUGAGUGUUAAUAUAUUUUUUAAUACAUGCAAGUAAAACACAAUUAUACUAGCAAAGAUGACCAAUUUGGAUUUGUUUUUCAUAAUAAAUGUAUAUUUUAAAACUAUAGGGAAUGAAAAUCAAUAUAAUAUGGGUAUGAAUUCAUUAUAAACCUUUCUUUUUUAAAACUAUGUUUGAAUUUUGUGCCAAAUAUUUAUAAUCACUUUAGUAAUAGGCAUAUUUCAACAAUUGUCAGUCAUGUCUUUUAAUGUCCGAUUAUAUAGCGGUAUAUGAUAAUGUAUACUUUCAAUAUCAUUACUGCAUUUCUAAAUAACUGCUAAUUAUAAAUGAGAAUUAAGACAUGUAUACAUAUAAUCCAUGCUUCAGGGGCAGUGAAUUUUAUUGCAUCCCUGAGUCAAGUGUGUUUUUUUCAAUGUACCGGGUAAUAAAAAUAUUGAUGCAUUUCAAAGGACAAUAACCAAAACUUGAUAUUUCUGUUCGACUUCCUGUGGCAGCGAACUCCAAUACAUGUAUUUCUUUUUUUAUUUAUCAUUAUUUUCUUUUUGUGUAAUUCUUAUUAUAAUUGAUAUUCUUGAUUAUUUAAUAUUGCUUUUUCUUUGAUGAAGACAGUUUUGAAAGCAAAAAGAAAAUAUGGUAAAUUGUUUAAUCUCUCUAUAUAUGACCUUUUGGGACAACUGUGGUACUGUCAAUUUUCAAAUCAACAUUAAAUAUUGCUUUACUCACA